CCCGCGGCCGCCGCCGCCAUUUCGGGCGCUGCUGGGAGGCUGACACCGGAGCCGGUCCGCUGGGCGGCGGGCGCCAGGGCUGGAGCGGCGCGCGUGCCGGCGGCGGCCCAGCGUGAAAGCGCGGAGGCGGCCAUGGCGGGCAACUUCGACUCGGAGGAGCGGAGUAGCUGGUACUGGGGCCGCUUGAGCCGGCAGGAGGCGGUGGCGCUAUUGCAGGGCCAGCGGCACGGGGUGUUCCUGGUGCGGGACUCGAGCACCAGCCCCGGGGACUAUGUGCUUAGCGUCUCCGAAAACUCGCGCGUCUCCCACUACAUCAUCAACAGCAGCGGCCCGCGCCCUCCAGUGCCUCCGUCGCCCGCUCAGCCUCCGCCGGGAGUGAGUCCCUCCAGGCUCCGAAUAGGAGAUCAAGAAUUUGAUUCAUUGCCUGCUUUACUGGAAUUCUACAAAAUACACUAUUUGGACACUACAACAUUGAUAGAACCAGUGGCCAAAUCAAGGCAGGGUAGUGGAGUGAUUCUCAGGCAGGAGGAGGCAGAGUAUGUGCGGGCCCUCUUUGACUUUAAUGGGAAUGAUGAAGAAGAUCUUCCCUUUAAGAAAGGAGACAUCCUGAGAAUCCGGGAUAAGCCUGAAGAGCAGUGGUGGAAUGCAGAGGACAGCGAAGGAAAGAGGGGGAUGAUUCCUGUCCCUUACGUGGAGAAGUAUAGACCUGCCUCCGCCUCAGUAUCGGCUCUGAUUGGAGGUAACCAGGAGGGUUCCCACCCACAGCCACUGGGUGGGCCGGAGCCUGGGCCCUAUGCCCAACCCAGCGUCAACACUCCGCUCCCUAACCUCCAGAAUGGGCCCAUUUAUGCCAGGGUUAUCCAGAAGCGAGUCCCUAAUGCCUACGACAAGACAGCCUUGGCUUUGGAGGUCGGUGAGCUGGUAAAGGUUACGAAGAUUAAUGUGAGUGGUCAGUGGGAAGGGGAGUGUAAUGGCAAACGAGGUCACUUCCCAUUCACACAUGUCCGUCUGCUGGAUCAACAGAAUCCCGAUGAGGACUUCAGCUGAGUAUAGCUCGACAGUUUGCUGACAGAUGGAACAAUCUGUUUCCCCCCAAUGCCAUCUAUACAAUUUUCUUACAGGUGUCAAAGCAGUCUAGUUUAUAUAAGCAUUCUGUUACCUGGGAUCUUUUUUAAGACUGAACUACUCCAUUCUCACUUGUAUUUACCAUGUUCAGGGUACGAAACCGGAGGGCUUAUGUGGUUAACUUCUGAGUUGGCAGUUUUAGGUGGUAGUGGCCGUGCCUGUAUGAGAAGACGUAAAUACAUUGCCUCCUUUCUUUUGGGCAAAACAGGUCAACCUGUGGAAAGCUGAUGGGCAGGAAAAGAAUGUUACUCACUGCUGACCCUGAAUUCUUCAGAGGUUCUGUUUUCAUUCUGAAUCCAUACUGUCAAACGGCAGCAGACUGUUCCCCACUCCCAUGACGUAAUCAUGCACUGUGUGAAUAUUACCCAGCGGGGUUGCAUUUGCAUUUAUGGACCAUGACCAUUGUAUGACUCAUUCUGACAUUUCAAAUCCUGAGGAUUCUGAGAACACUACUAGAGGCAUUUGUCUUCCUUGGAUUUUUCUUGGAUUCUUUCCUUGUUACUCUCCUCCCCUGUACCUAUAAGUGGCUUGAUUCUUAGGAUAGUGUAUGUCUUCAUUCCAGAUGAGAAGCAGGAUGUACAGAGCACUUUAUCCAGUGCAUAGCUUUAAGCCAGUAUUGGAUUCACUCAGUGGAUAAACUCCCAGCUCUCUGCCUUCCCCCAAGGGGGCAUCGUAGGUUCACACUGCUACCACAGCUCAAGACUCACCUUACUCAUGGGACAGAUCUGGCAGGGCCAUUUUUCCUGAUUGCUAGUAUCCUAAUGGGAUGCUUAAAGUUCUCAGAUUCUACUUGGAGUGGAAGGACCAAUCACUUACUGUAUCCUAUAGAAGGUAUCAAGGGCCAAACUUUGCCCUCUGCAUCAUGUGCAAGUUGUAUAAAAGGCAGGUUAGAAUUCUAUGCAUUUGAGUAGGAUUGGGACUUUGAAAACUAUUCCAGUCGUAAAUUACUUAUGUAUCAUUUUACAUGGUUUAAUAGUUGGUGAAGUAUAUUACACUAUAAAUUGCCUUCAUUUGGGUUCUCCUUUGUCCAGAUUUAGUUUAUAAGCCCUUUAAAGUAGAGAAUGAUUUAUACGAGGUCAGAUGCUCCAGAGACUAGGCCUCUGAGGCCACAAAUUAUAGGGUUUCUUUAGACUGUAACAUGAGACUUUCAGGUGAUAAAGGCACUUGCUGGUCUCUGGUCUCUGGUGUAGGUGACCAAUAGAAACACCUUAUACUUUGCUUUGAACCUCAUUUUAGAAAAAUAAUUUACCUUCUUAGUUGUCUUGUGUAGAUUAAUAUGAUGAACUUGCAUUCACUGAACAUAUACCAAAUCAUGUGAUUGAAGUGACUAGCACAUUGCUGAGCACAUGUGUGUAGAGAUUUUGUACGAAAGAAUGAACAGAGUGCAGAAGUGUGUUGUAUGGCCCGGGGACGCCAGUUGGCAUAGAAUUGCAUACAUUACCACAGGCAGAUUUAAUGAGUUGAUGCUAAUUUAAUACAUUUUUUACCUCACUGUAGCUUGAUAAAAACAGUAAUACUCAACUUUAGAGAUGUUGGCCCAGUGCUGAGCUCAUAAUAGGUGGUCAGUGAUAACUGAAUGAACAGGUUUGUAGCACGUGACUUACUGCACCUGACUGCUUGUUUCAUUUUUCACCUAGCAUAGAUUCUGUAAAUCCAAAUGCACAGUCAGUCCUGUUUUCCUAAGCCUUGUGUGAUAGUGAAUGUCUUUAGUCCUAGCCCUUGGGAGACAAAGGCAAGUGAAUCUCUGAGUUCAAGACCAACCUGGUCUACAGAGCUACUUCCCGAACAGUCAGGAAUUAGAAAGUGAGACCUUGUUUCAAAAAAAAAAAAAUCUGUUCCUGAAAUUAUGGCAUCUAAAACAUUUCUUAGAAAAUCAUCGUCACUGGCUUGUAUUGUCUCUUCAUUAUAUGUGGUGGGAAUGGGAUCUGCAGCUCUCCGUGAAUCCUACGAACUCCUCAGUGAUUAGUAGUUCAGAGCCAUUACGUGAACUGUUUGGUUGGAUUUGGCUGGGUGUAGCAGUUAUUGGACCUCAAGAGAUCAAAGGACUUCUUACAAAUAUCUUCCAAAAAUAGCAAGUGCUAUAAUCCUAGUCAGAUGCGUAUGUACAUUGUCACAGAGCAAAGUAAACUGAAAUUGGCUGCUAUGUUUUAUAUAAUCACUUCUGCAAGAGCCCAUUUUUGGAUACUAAUAUUUGACAUGGUUAAUUCUUAUUAAUUUGUUGAAAUUGUUUAUUAAUAAUGCAAAUAGAUAAUUUUAAUUUUCCACAAGUAACAUUUCACUAUUAAUGGUUUGAAAUGGGUUAUAAGCAAACCAAUUUGAAAUAAAAUAUGAACAUGUGCCAUUGUAUUAUAACACUAUUCACUUUCUUGACAGUUAAAUUUUAAAAUGUUUUUUUUGUAGCAUGUAUUGUAUAUGUUUAUAGUAUAUGUAGUAAAUAAAAGUAUGGCCAAAUGUUUGGCUUGGUGAUCUUUUGGAGAAAGUAAUCUUGAAAUAUUUUUCACAAAAGUGAGUUUUUGUGUUUUUAAGGAAUAGAAGGUGUGUGUCUCAACUGUUCAUUAGUAGUUACAUAAACUGUUACAUACAUGGUGGGUAUGCGAUGAGAUCUCUAGAAAGUAUCACACUACUGUUAGGAAACAUGAAAAUCAUAUAUAUGGAAUAUAAAGGAAGCACAUUGUGAACAGAGAACACCAGACUUGCCUGGAAAUGGGUCUCUGUGAGUGUGAGAUGGCAGUGUGAUAGGGAACUCUGCAAACUGGAGACAGCCUGUUGUGAGAGUGCUGCUGUGGACGUUCCAUUCAUUUCUCCUUUUUAAUGUAAGCAGCAAUUGCUCAGGGAAAGUCCUAGGGUAGGAACAGCAGCAGAGAUGAUAUGUUUCUGUGUGUCCAUGCCACCCGUCCCCAGAGUGCAGAGCACUCCACACUGACACUACUCACUCCAGUAUUGGAGCUGUGGCUCAAGUUUCAAGGUACGGUGGCCUGUGCUGAUUAUUCCAGGACUUCUGAAGCCAUGGGAUUCCUUGAACCCAGGAGUUCAAGGUCAGCGUAGGCAACUAAGCAAGACUCCUGUCUACUAAAUACCUAACAGACAAAUUUUACCUAUUAUUGCCUAUAUGAUACUCUCUGCCUUAGACUCAGCCUCCUGGUUGCUGCCACAGAUGUAGGCCUGUUUAGUGCAGAGCUAAGGGAAAAUGCCGUCUCCAGGGGGAUCCCACUUUGGCAUAUGCAAGAUUAACGGCAAGGUGGGAAGUGUAUUCCAGCUUCUGACAAUAAAAUAAACUGUCCACCGCUUUA